UGACCUCCGGCCUUGGCACCUGGAUUCUUGAGCGGCUACUCCGUUUCCUCAGUUAUGUUCAAGAUGGCAGUGAUGCACUUACUAGGACUUCUUCUCUUGGCUUGUAAUGCGUACACGCAACAGGUGGAUAGAGAAAGAGAGGUUACAUCAAGUCAGCAGAUUGAUGCUGAGAAAGAUGGUCUUUUGACGCGGUGCUAUGACAAAUGGGGUUGUCUUUCGAUAGGCGAUCCCUUUUUUUCAUCCUUGAGACCCAUCAGUUUAUUUCCCAUUCAUCCUGAUACAUUAGAUCCACAAUUUCUUCUCGUAACCAGAUCUGCUCCUGAUGUUUUCCAGAAAAUUCGCACAGGGAAUAACUCUAGUUUUUCCCAAUCAUUUUUUGAUCCUUUACGGCCAAUCAAGAUCAUUCUUCACGGUUUUCGUGAAAGUGGGAAUCAAGACUGGAUUAAGGAUAUGAUACGCGAGCUUUUGACAUCUGAUGACUUUAACGUAAUAACUGUCGAUUGGAGAUAUGGCGCAUCCCAGUCCUAUCCACAAGCAGUUGCUAAUACUCGAUCCCUGGGGCUGGUUGUUGCAGAUUUUAUUGAUUAUCUUCAGCGCAAGUAUCGAAUUCCACCAUCUGAUAUUCACAUCAUUGGAUACAACUUAGGAGCCCACGCUGCAGGAUAUGUCGGAGAACAGAUACCUCGGAUAGGAAGGAUAACAGGUCUUGAUCCCGCUGGUCCUUAUUUUGAAGACACGGAUCCCAAAGUUCGUCUUGAUCCAUCAGAUGCUCUCUUUGUUGACGUAAUACACACUGAUAGCCCUCCUGCUGCACAAGUUGCAGGAAUGUUGCAACCAGCUGGACACCUGGAUUUUUAUCCAACACCUGGAUGGAGGAGAACAGGCUGCAGUUUACUUGAUGGAAUGAAAAGUUUCCGUCGCUGCAAGGCAGUACACGCACCUGAGCUUUUUACCGAAUCCAUAAAUAUGGAUUGCCCUUUUUAUGGCUAUUACUGUGACUCGUACGCAAAUUUUUCAAGUGGUCAGUGUGACCAAGGAUGUGGUCAAGAUAUGUCUCGGUGUGCUCCUAUGGGAUAUAAAUCAGAAGAAUGGUUACGUUUCACUUCUUCCGAACCCGUGACUAUGUUCUUGGAAACCGGCUUAGAUGAGCCUUAUUGUCGUUAUCACUAUCAUGUAAAUGUAUUGAUAUCGUCGAAAGAGUUGACGCAAAGAUACCGGAACGAAACUGGUCUCCUAUUUUUAAGAAUAACGGGAACUCGAGGGAGAACAGCUUUACUCCAAGCAACUCCAAAGCCCGUUACGUUCAGUCGGGGAAAUUCCUUAGAAUUUCUGAUGAGCUCUGGUAAUCUUGGUCGUCUCCUUAGAGUGGAUGCUCUUUGGACACCAUUACAUCCGCACGCACCAGGGGACGAAGUGCCAUUUAUAAUUAUCCACAGUAUCAGGAUAACUAACUUGGAAACUACUUACAGAGAAGUUUUCUGUGGAAGCGAUGAUAAAAUCACUCCCGAACGUGUCAAAGUAUAUUUCAGGGGAAGUUCUUGUUAGAAGAUACAGUUAAAACAACAUCGAUAUUUAAUUUGUUGAAUUUUUUUUGAAAAUAUUAUAUCUUUAAAAAAUGAAUUUUCUGUGAUUGUAUGAGAGAAAUAAAAAUAGCUAAGCUGAAUAAUA